UCGUCUGCUCCAGAGUGCUAAAUUUAUCUUCAGAGGAACGACCGCGCCAGCCGCGAACCGGAUCUCUAUGGAGGUGGCAUAGGCGGUAUCCCCGAGCUGAGAGCAUCACCCUGUCCCCGAAUCCUUCCUCCCUCUGUUUUGUUUUUCAUUCCCCCCUCCCUCCCUCUCCCCUUCCAGUCUGCGACGACUGGCUCUUGACCUUGUUCAGGCCUCGGUGAAGGUGAGGACCAGAGCCGCCACGGCGGCUGAGCGGUGCGCUCUGAAAUGGCUGCUGCCUUGAGCUGUUUAAAAUGGCGGCCGCAGACUCAGCUGGGGACCGCGGCGCAGCCCAGCAGCCCAGCCGCAGCGAAGACCGGUCUCCAUCACUGAUGGAGGUGACGUAGAGAGAUAGUGUUGGGUGCUGAGGAAACCGCCCGGGGACGCGAGAGAAGAGUUUUGGAGGCGAGGGUGGGCGAGCCCCCAGAUGUGGCGGGUCUGCUGGCAGCGCGCACCUGUGACAAGGAGGCGUAGCUGGCCCAGGCAGCACAUCGAAGUGACCGUUUAAAGAAGCAUGUAGGUGCUGGAAAGGGCAACCGCCCCCACCUUUGCCUGGGCUUUCUGACUGGACUGCACUCUCAACCCGGCCCUCCUGUCCCUGAGGGUGGUGUUCAUAGCUGGAACAGCCCGAAGGUGGGGGUGAAGGGAUGGUGUUACCUGUCAGUUUAACCCAGAGAAGAGACAAAAGAACAGGGUUUCUCCCCACCCCCCAACGCCUGCCAGCCUUUUCGGGUAAUGGAAUAGAAACUUGACUUUCGAGGGAGUCUAGACUCUUUGUCCUCGAGAGAUUCGGGAAAGCACCUCUAGAAGAGGUGGGGAUGAGGCCUUCCGUGAGGAAAACAAAGCUUCUUACUCCAUUGUGUCCUCCUCGGGUAGCCAGGGAGAGGGCUUCUAACCCCAACCAGCAGCUCCACGAAGUUCUCUGUUGUUAAAUUAAAAUCGGGUUGUGGAAAUGAGAAUCUACUGCUCUUUUGCUCCCAGUAAUGGAGUAGGGCUUUCUGCUGCUGCAGUUUGAAACCCUCGACUGUCUGGCAGUUGUAAUCCAUUUCUCUUCUGCCACCCGUUAGUGCUUGGGAAAUUUAUUCAGACACACACAAGGAAUGGCUAGGUGCGUGGGCUCUGCAGCGCCAACUUUUUGGGUUCUUUUCUUAGUUCUUCACUUACAAGAUGUAUUAAGUUAGCAGAUGACUUCUCAGUCUAUUAGUUCAUCUCUUAAAUUUGGUCAAUACUAGUCCCUGACUCUCGAGUUUAAGGAUUAAAUGAGAUAAUCUAUAUGAGGGAUCUAGCAGUUACAGUCAUAGUAAACAAUGAUCAUUCUAUAAACAUUAGUAACCUAACAGGAAAUUGGUUGAGGGGACAAAAAGGGUUAUAGCAAAAAUGUGUACUUCAUACAACACUUCCCGGUAUAACUCUAUUUUAGAUUACUUUCAAUGCUUGGUUUUAGAGACAUUAAAAUGUGACCACUUUUAAAAGUUAGAUUUAGUUUUUGAAAGUGUUAACGUGUUUCUGUGAAGUCAGUGGUUGGGAGGGUGUCUCAAAACAAUGAAAGAACAAGAGUAUUAAGUGAGAUGAAAAUACUAGCAUUUUUACUGUGCUAGGCUUCUUCUGUUUCAGUCCACUGCAUUGCAGUGGAGAAUCAUUUGCCUGGAUCUAAAAUAAAUUGUAAUGAAGAAUCAUCUUAGGGGUUUAUAGUUAGUUCUGCUUUUACAGUGUCUAAUUUUAAUUUUUCUCAUUCUAGGCUUUUGGUUACUCCCUUUCCACCCCAUCCCUUAACUUUAUUCUUUUGAAGAGUCUGCAUGUCAAGCUGCCAAGGUGGAGAGUGUGAUUGCAGAAGGGAGUACUUCUCAUUUCAGCUUUAUUUUUAUGUGAUAAUCUACAUUUAAGAAAAGGUGUGCCAUACCUGAGAGCACCAGGAAGUCGCAUGAGAAAUCACCUGAUACACGAACGUGUGAUGUUCCAUCUGCGCAUUGAUGCAUAGGCAGCAUUUACAAAUUAACUGAUGUGUUGCUCUGUAUCAUCUCUUUGAUGAUUGCUCAUCUUCUGUGUAUCCUGUUGUAUAAUUUCAACACAUUUGUGAUACUCAAUGUUUAUUCUAAAUUAACCAUGUUUUGUACCACAAACACAUUGCCUAUGGAUCUGUUGUUGAAACAAGGAAGUCUUAAACAAGAAGUAGAAUCUUUUUGUUACCAAAUUGUGUCUGAAUCAAAUGAUCAAAAGGUUGGAAUAUUACAAAGCGAGGAUGAACAGUUGCAGCCUUCAGUUUCUAAAAAAUCAGAAGGUGAGCUUUCCAGGGUCAAAUUUAUGUCCAAUUCCAACAAAAUAACAACAUUUAGUAAGAAACCAAAAAGAAGAAAAUAUGAUGAAAGUUACUUGUCUUUUGGAUUUACUUACUUUGGAAAUAGAGAUGCACCUCAUGCUCAGUGUGUGUUAUGUAAGAAAAUUUUAUCAAAUAGUUCUUUGGCCCCUAGUAAACUUCGAAGACAUUUGGAAACUAAACAUGCUGCCUACAAAGACAAAGACAUAAGCUUUUUCAAGCAACAUCUUGAUUCGCCUGAAAAUAACAAACCUCCAACACCUAAAAUCGUCAAUACAGAUAAUGAAAGUGCUACAGAGGCAUCAUACAAUGUAAGUUACCAUAUAGCCCUGAGUGGAGAGGCUCAUACUAUUGGAGAAUUGCUUAUCAAGCCUUGUGCAAAAGAUGUUGUGAUGCGAAUGUUUGAUGAACAAUACAGUAAAAAAAUAGAUGCAGUACAACUAUCAAAUAGUACUGUUGCACGUCGAAUUAAGGAUCUUGCUGCUGACAUUGAAGAAGAGCUUGUUUGUAGACUGAAAAUUUGUGAUGGGUUUUCACUGCAGCUAGAUGAAUCAGCUGAUGUGUCAGGACUGGCUGUGCUGCUUGUGUUUGUUCGUUAUAGGUUUAAUAAAUCUAUUGAGGAAGACCUACUCUUAUGUGAAUCUUUGCAAAGUAAUGCUACUGGUGAAGAAAUUUUCAACUGCAUCAACAGUUUUAUGCAGAAACAUGAAAUUGAAUGGGAAAAAUGUGUUGAUGUUUGUAGCGAUGCUUCUAGGGCAAUGGACGGGAAAAUUGCUGAGGCUGUCACCUUGAUAAAAUAUGUGGCUCCCGAAAGCACCAGUAGUCACUGCCUAUUAUAUAGACAUGCACUAGCGGUUAAAAUAAUGCCUGCAUCUCUGAAAAAUGUGCUAGAUCAGGCAGUACAAAUCAUCAAUUACAUUAAAGCUCGACCACAUCAAUCCAGGCUACUAAAAAUUUUAUGUGAGGAAAUGGGUGCCCAGCACACAGCACUUCUUCUGAAUACAGAGGUGAGGUGGCUUUCCCGAGGUAAAGUUCUCGUAAGACUUUUUGAGCUUCGUCGUGAACUCUUGGUUUUCAUGGAUUCUGCUUUUCGACUAUCUGAUUGUUUAACAAAUUCAUCUUGGCUGCUAAGACUUGCAUAUCUUGCAGAUAUUUUUACUAAAUUAAAUGAGGUUAAUCUAUCAAUGCAAGGAAAAAAUGUAACAGUUUUUACAGUUUUUGAUAAAAUGUCAUCAUUGUUAAGAAAAUUAGAGUUUUGGGCUUCAUCUGUAGAAGAAGAAAAUUUUGAUUGUUUUCCUACACUCAGUGACUUUUUGACUGAAAUUAAUUCUACAGUCGAUAAAGAUAUUUGUAGUGCCAUUGUGCAGCACCUAAGGGGUUUGCGCUCUACUCUGUUAAAAUAUUUUCCUGUAACAAAUGACAAUAACACUUGGGUUAGAAAUCCAUUUACAGUAACUGUUAAGCCAGUCUCAUUAGUAGCACGGGACUAUGAGAGCCUGAUUGAUUUAACAUCUGAUUCUCAAGUGAAACAAAAUUUCAGUGAACUUUCACUAAAUGAUUUUUGGAGUAGCCUAAUUCAAGAGUACCCAAGCAUUGCGAGGCGUGCAGUUCGUGUACUUCUUCCUUUUGCUACAAUGCACCUGUGUGAAACGGGAUUUUCAUAUUAUGCUGCAACAAAAACGAAAUACAGGAAAAGACUUGAUGCUGCACCUCAUAUGCGGAUUCGACUUAGCAACAUUACACCUAAUAUUAAGCGGAUAUGUGAUAAAAAGACACAAAAACACUGUUCUCAUUAAAAUUAAGAGGGUUUUGCAUGUCUCUUGAUAACCAAAUAUAAGAUGAAAAUAAAAGAUGAUUUCAUCUCUGCUA